AUGAAGAGAGAGAGAGAGAAGAAAAGUAUUACUAUAAAUAAGCAGCAGCAGAAGAAAAUUAAGAGAGUAUUAAAGUAUAAGAUAAAGAAGUUAAAACUACAGAAGCUGAUAGAGAAGAAAGAGAUUGAGGUCUUAUUCAGGUCUCAAAUGCACUUUAUAAUUCAGAAUAUUGAGAAGACAGCUCUGCUCUCUGAGUAUAUUAAUCUGCUCAUCACUGAGAUGAAACCUGAGACAGCAGAUCAGAAAAUGCAGGAUUUUGAAGUACAGAUUGAUCUGACUAAGAAGAAGCAGUAG